ACAAAAAACCCAAGCAUUUAAUGUAGUUUUUUCAUGCAACAGAAAUGGUCGACUUUUUGCUCAUCAAGAAUAACCUUUUCAAGGGACUAGAGGCUUUACUUAGACUACAUGCACUUUGCUACUUGGAGGGCAAUAUGUUGGCAAUACCUGUUUUCUUUUCCUUGGAGGCAUGUUUAGUGACAUUACCAACACUUUCCUUCUUGGAGUCUUUGUUAAUGAUAAGACAAGGAUUCUCACUCCUAAGGACAUUUUCGAGACUACCAGAAACCAUUAGGCAUGGUUGGAGUUUAAUUUGGGAGAACCGGCGUUUCAUGGUGGCAGUGCUUUCGAUCACUCUACCCAAAGACAAGCUCUUUGAACUUCAAAAGAUGAGAUACAGAGGAUAUCUGCGAGCUGUUUUACUUACUUGCUGCGUCGGGUUGUUUCCGACGAAUUCGGCGCCCGUAGCUGAGCACAUAGUAUUUUUUGGUUCUGGACUUAUCCUUAUACUCCUAUCCAAGAAUAGAUAUAUCCAAGCAGCCAUUAUAAUAUUGUUUAUCCUAUCAUUUGUCAACCAUUUUUUGGUAUUACCAACGACGUUUGUAACAACCGUAAGAGUCAUAAUUACAGUGCCUGUAGUUGGUUACCUAGUGUAUCAGUGGAUAAAAGAUGUCAUUUCCAUCGUACGUUUGUUUGUAACAGAGAUUUAUAAGGGCAUUCAGCAAGUUAAAACCUUCGGGUUGCGUUCAGUUGCUAAUUUCACUGGUCUUUUAUCCUCACAUAUAAGACCACAUCUUUUUCUUUUUUGGUAUGCUUUAUCUUUAAUGUAUGCAACAUUACCAGUAAUUAAUAUGUGCAUGUACACAAACUCAAAAAAUAAAACAUUUUGGUUGUGUUUGGAAACAUUUUUGUACAACACUGCUAUUGUCAACAAUACUAUUGUUGGAAUUUCCGCAACAAGUUUAAUUGUAAUGUCUGCAUCACGAUACAUACGUCGAAUGACAAGAACAUUUAUUUACAGUUGUAAAGAAAUGACUCCAAUGAUUGAUUCUGACAGUUUCAUAGUUUUCUUUUUAAUCAUCAUCUUUGCAAUUUAUAUAAUACAGUCAUCUGUAUUGUUUACAUACUUGCAUGAACAUAAUAAGAUAGAUGUGAAAGUUAUAUUUUGGUUCAUAUUCUUUCAUAUCACAACAGUUUUUAUCAAUAAUAUUUACCAAAUGGUAGAUUCAGACAUCUUCGCCAUUCGUGCAUCCGUGACCCACAUUUUUAAACCCAUCCGAGUUCUAUUCCUAGAUAGUUUUCUCCUUAUAAUGAUGUUGUGUGUCGUUUACUCAAUUUAUCACCUUGUCAGCUUUAAAUUGUCUUGUGUUAUUGUUAUAACUGGUUUGUCAAAAUGUAUCCAGAUCAGUGGCUCCAUCAUAAUAUACAUCCUUUUAUUGAAUAGAGCUUUCCCAUCUCUAGACAAAGUUGGCCUCGUAAGUUCGCUUAAAAUGCUAGAUUUUGUAGGUGUCAUUUUUGUUGCAUACUUCAGCGGAUUAAGCUUUCUUCAGAUUUCUCAGUGUAUUUUACUCUGCUAUCAUAGCGGUUGGAACAAACUGAUACAUCAAAGGAUGGUCGGGAUCUUUUAUCCUUAGAAAAUGUGCCCGAAUACCAGUGGUUUGGGUAUGAAAUCUGGAUAAAUGGCAACCUUUUGCUUUAUUUGUAAUCAUUGGAGCUGUCUUUAAUAAAUCCAAUAGGUUAUCUUUGAAAAAAUGAAUAUUUUAACGAAAAUGAACAAACGAGGCCGAUUAGUCUUUAAGGGUUUCUUUACAACAUAAGCAUUUGUAUGAAUCUGUCUAUUUAUUACAUUUCGGUGUUUUAAUGUGUAACUAGAGUUUUAGGAUGUGUUUAAGCAUAUUACCAUGACCUGUAUAUUCAUAUUUGUAUUAAUCAUGUCUUAACAAUAUAAAUUAUUCUUGUAUUCUUUUGCAAACAAAUAGCAUUUGAAAUAUCAGUUAUAUUACUUACUAGAAUGAAUUAAUGCAAAAAGUUAGAGUGUCUUUUCUGAAAUCGUUUAUGCAGUAUUUUAUUGAUAAUAUUUCAUUUUCUUACAAAAUAAAAAUUAAACACAACAAACCGUUACUUGGGAUUUUCUUCCA